CGAGUCCGGGAACUUUGAGGCCCAGCCUCCAGGGGUCCCGCAGUGACAUUCCUGAGAGCGCCGAGGGCAGGCCAGCCUCUAGGGCCGGACUGAGAGCGCAGACGAGAAACCGCGCCACUCUGCGGAGUCGCCGGCCGCACCACUCGGAGAGAGACCUGAGCAGCUCAUCGCGGUCGCGCGCGAACCGGACGGCGGAAGACGGGUCUGUGAGCAUGGGCCGCAUCUUGCUGGAGCCGUUGCUGCCGCAGCUACUCAGCCCCUCGGGCCUGGUCCUUGCUGCGACCCUGCUGCUCCUCGUUCUGUGCCUACGCUCCCGGCGCACCAGGAGACCUGGUGAGCCUCCAUUGAUCAAAGGCUGGCUUCCAUACUUUGGGAUGGCCCUGAAAUUACAGAAAGAUCCCAUAGGUUUCAUGAGAACUCUGCAAAAGCAACACGGUGACACUUUCACGCUUCUCCUUGGAGGAAAGUACAUAACAUUUAUUCUGGACCCUUACCAGUACCCGUUGGUGAUGAAAAAUCACAAAUUAAGCUUUCAAGAGUUUACAAACAUUCUGUUAAAGAAAGCAUUUUCCAUCCAAAAGAUGAGGGCCAGUGAUGGCCUGAAGACUGAGCUUCAUGACUGCUAUCACCUUUUACAAGGGAAAUCCUUGGACAUACUCUUGGAAAACAUGGAGCAGAACCUAGAACAAGCUUUUGAACCCCAACCAUGUAAAACCACAGACUGGAACACGACACACUUGUUAAGAUUCUGCAGCUCAGUAAUAUUCGAGGCUACAUUUACAACCAUAUAUGGAAAAUUUAUUGCUGGCGAUAGGAAAAAAUUUAUUACUGAACUUAAAGAUGAUUUUUUAAAAUUUGAUGCCAAUUUAAUAAGAUUGUUAUCAGACAUACCCAUUGGGCUUCUAGGAAAUGUCAGAUCUAUUCAAAAGAAACUUAUAAAAUGUUUGACAUCAGAAAACUUAGCUAAGAUACAAGGAUGGUCAGAAGUUGUUCAAAUGAGGCAAGAUAUCCUGGAGAAAUACUAUACGUUCAAGGACUUUGAAAUAGGAGCACAUCAUUUAGGCUUUCUCUGGGCCUCUGUGGCAAACACUAUUCCAACCAUGUUCUGGGCGAUCUAUUACGUUCUACGGCACCCAGAAGCUAUGGCAGUGCUGCGUGACGAAAUUGACCAUUUGCAGGAGUCAACAGGUCAAAAGCGAGGGUCUGGAUUUUCCAUCCACAUCACCAGAGAACAAUUGGACAGCCUGGUCUACCUAGAAAGUGCCAUUCUCGAGGCUUUACGACUAAGUUCAUUUUCGUCCAUCAUGCGUUCUGUCCAAGAGGAUUUGACUCUACCUUCAGAGACCCAGGACUACCUUCUGCGCAAGGGGGACCUGUUAGCCAUCUUUCCUCCAGCCAUGCACUAUGACCCUGAAGUCUUUGAAGCUCCAGAGGAGUAUAGAUUUGACCGUUUUGUAGAAAACGGUAAGAAGAAAACCACCUUUUUCAAAAGAGGUAAAAGGCUGAAGUAUUACAUACUGCCAUUUGGACUAGGAAACAGCAAAUGCCCAGGCCGAUUUUUGGCAAUUAAUGAAAUUAAACAAUUGUUAGUUGUACUUUUAACUUAUUCUGAUUUAGAAAUAGUAGAUGAUAAACCUGUACAACUAGACUAUAGCCGCUUCUUGUUUGGUAUUCAGUACCCAAAUUCUGAUGUUUUAUUUAGAUACAAAGCCAGAUCUUAAAGAAGCUGAAAGGAAAAAAGUAAGAUCUAUUGAAACUAACCUAAAGGUCCUCAGCUCAUCUAUUUGUUUUUGAUUUCUGCAAGUGUAAUUGCUUUGUUUCUUUUGUUUUAAAAAGCACCAAUUUUUAUUUGAUUUGAGAUCAGUCCUGUUUGUACUUGGUCAGAAAGUAAAACAGGAUGGUGGCAUGAAGAUAAACAUUAGAAUCAAUAUAAUAAUAAACUUAACAGUGGUUUUAAGUUUUUGCAUAGUGUGACUUUUCACCUGUGAUUGUAAAUAGGCAGCAAUAGAUUUGGCACUGUGAGAUUUUUAAAAGUCACUCAAAUUCAUCUCUACUAUGUAAAUACACACUUUAUGUACUUUUGGAAAUUUGUGCUGGAAAUUGACACAGUCAAACAACUUCGAAAUUCGCCGAGAAGGAAAUUAAGUUUUCAUGAAAAAGACUGGAAGAAAAUAUCCCCUUCAAGUAUAAUAUCAAUAAUAUCCAUAUCACCAUGGUAUGUUUGCAUUAAAUGAGUUUUGCAGUAGAUUAAAUACUUCAACAUCAAUAUUUAGUUAUCCAUAAAUGCUCUUUACUUUGAUACUAUAGCUCAAUAGAACACAAUUUCUUAUGAUAUAAAACCACUCAUGUUCAAGUUAGAUAAGAUUUAAUGUGCACAAAUACACAAAACCUAUUAUAUAUUCAGCAAUUGCCCUAGACAUUAGAAUUAGGUAUUGUGGAAGCAAAUGUUGAAAUCAUUGCAGGAUUGAUUGUAGGAUUUGGCUUGAGUAUAAACUAUAAGUUAUUCCAGUUUUGCAAUUAAGUCUUUCCUAAAUGCUUCUAUUUAUAUAAACUGAGAAACUAGAUAGAAGUAUUUGUUCUUGAUGCCUCAUCUUUUGGACUUAGAAUUUGCUUCAUUUUGAAUUACAACAUUACGUAAUGGAGUAUAAUUUUAUACGCUACAAUGCAGCAUUGUGUCCAUGACUCAAAGACUUCUAACACCAGAUUACGAAGUGAUUGUCUGGAAUCUGAUACAAUGAUGAUGCUCUAUCUAGAGGCAAAACAGGUGGUAAAACCCAGACAAUUCAUGCUGCAUUAAUUGGAACUUCUAAUAUUUUAGAAAUGUGCUAUUGUUUUUAAAAGGAAAUUGAUUUUUAAUAACAUUAUAAAAUACUCACCAUACUUAAUCAUAAAAUAGAUUAUCUAGCAUUUAUUUUCUCCUUCCUGAAAUACAUGCUCUAAGAGUUCCUUGUGAAGGUCUUCUGAUCUAAACUGUUUUUGCUUGAUAAAGAUGUUUUCUUUUUUGUCCUCAUUCUGGAAAUACGAUUUCAGUAGGUGCCCACGUCUAGAAUGAGAAUUAUUUCCUCACAGCACUUCGAAGAUAUUGAAUCUUCCUAAGGCUUCUAUCACUUUUUUCAAGAGCUUAGCCCUUUAUCAAUUUAAUUAUUCAGUAGGUAGUCUGCCUCUUCUUUCUGACAGCUUUAACAUAGUCUCUUUGUCUUUGAUGUUCUUUGUUUCUAUUUGUCAUUCUUGUGAUUCUUAAAUCUGAGAAUGUAUGUCUUUCAUUAAGUACGAAGUAUUCUCAGCCAUUAUCUCUUUGAAUAGUGCCUCUCUCUGGCUCUCUGUUAGAUCCUCUCACUCUAUAUUCAAUGUUGUUUGAACUUUUCUCCCCAUAUUUUAUAUUUCUAAUUUAAAUUCUUGGUUAUUUCCUUAGAUCGCUGUUCUAGUUUUUUUUUUUCCUUUACAGUGUAUGUAUCAAAUCUCCUCUUUAUCUAUUGAAUUUAUUCCUUCCUUCUGGUUUUACUUUAACCCCAGGUUGAUAGGAUUGAGUGAUCAUACUCCUUACACCUGUUAGUUCAUGGUACACAAUUAUAGUUGGUCCAAGCAAAGCUCCUCUGGCUUUAUUUACUUAUUCUAUUUUAUGCCUAACCUCUACCUUCAUACCCUCCCCAUUGUAGGCAAACAUUCUAAUAUGUUUUAUGUUUAUCUUUUUAUAAAACAUGUAUUAUUAUCUUGGGUGUAUAUUUUGAUAUACAUAAAUGUAUUUUCUAUAAACCAGAUCCUUCUUAAUUCAGUAUUCCAUAAUGUGUACCCACCAUGUUUUAAUAAUCUAUUUACCCAGGAAACUGUUGGUGGUUCAGUUACUGUGAGGGAGAGGCCAAAGCCCAAUCUACCCCCACUGAUCUUCCCACUGCUGUGAACAGCCUCCCUCCACCCUGGGUUGCUGCAAACCCUGUCCUCAGCCCGGGUACCACAAACACACACACAUGCCCAACUUGGGCCCUAAGCUUUAUCUCCUGUCUGUCACAAAGCAUGGCCCAGGCAUUUUGUAUCAGGACGUUGCAUCCGCCAUAUUACCUGAAGUAGAAACCUUCAGAUUCUUAACUUCAUCUUUGUAGUACACUUCUGUAAUGUUUCAGCAAAGAGACUACAGAAGAUUAUUCCAUUCUAAUUUCUGCUUGAUGUAUAAUUAGAAGUAUGUACAAGAAUUUAGAAAAGAAAGAAUAAAGUAAAUGGUUGAGAAAAUAUUAUACAAAAACAAUGGACAGGAGAACCAAAACGAGAGUCUUCUGACAAGCUUAAACCUAGUAAUUAAAAAGUGUUCAUAAAUAGAAAAAAUGCCAUGGUGAAAUAAGUUAAAAGACAUGGUUUCUAGCUGUGACAUAACUGGUUUGUUAUUAUCAACAAGUCACUUUUCUUGUCAGUGCUUCAGCUUCUUUAUUUGCAAAAUAAAAAUAACAAGGCCUAUUUGACACCAGGGUUCAUCAUGAGGAUUAAACACCGUAAGAUGUGUGAACUUAUUAUGAAAAGUGUAAUGCAAUACGUAAACAUAAAGUUGUAAAAGAGAUACUUUAACAAUGUCUGCCUUUUAAAAACUUAUGUAUUUGUAAAAGGGAAUGGAAUAAUGUUUGUCAUUAGUUAAUUCAUUAAUUGUUUGUCUGAUCAAACUUUUAUUGGGCAUUUCCUCUGUUCUAGAUAUGUCAUGCACUGGUUUACCUUUCCUCAAAAACACACAAUUAGGGAAAACAACAUAUUCACAACUAGUUUGUUAUAAAUGUAGUUGUAAGUAAUAAAUUUAUCUUUUUAAAACUAUUCCAAAAUUCUGAUUUAUCACUAGUUCUGACUAACCUUCUUCCAUUCAUUCCACAGUAGUGUUUUGUAAUGGGAAAUUACUAUAUGCAUCAUCACUCGCAAUAAAACAUAUAUAGCAGAUAUUGUGACUGUAUGGUAAAAAUAACCAAAACCAAAUACAUCCAUUAAGGCUCCAGAAUUUUUUUCAAACUUGUUCACAAUUUUACAUAUUAUAAAAACCCAUCUUUUCAUUUGUAAGUCUCCCCCCUAAGAUUCAAAAUAAAGGAAAUGAAUAACUAAUAAUGUUGUUUGAUAUCAAUGACCAACAGCAAUGAUACAUUCAGUUAGCAAAAAUUAAUGCUCUGAAGGUAUUAAGAUAAAAGCUGUUUAUCGCUAAGUAAGACAUGUGAUAAGCAACCCAUAUGGGGAGUUUUAUCUGCCUUGCUUUGGUUUUCCUGAUACAGUUCAUUAUAUCUUCUCCAUUUUAUCAUUAAGUUUUGGGUCAUGAGUCUAAGGCAAAAAAGCUUCCCAACUCAAUUUGGGUAACUUUUCCUAUAAGCAUCUUCUAAUUUAACAGUGGAAUCUUAAAACCAAUUUCAAAGAUCAAAGCUAAAAUUAUCUAGGUUUUGAUCAUAGUGUGAAAUAUAAUGUUCAGUAAUUAUAAAACAAGAAUUAUAUGCCAGUAGAAUGUGCCCUGUUUUAACCUAUUAAAUUUGCCAACGUUGCAAACUAUUAUUUACUUGAACUGCAUUAUUAGGUAUUCAUAUUCACAUACUCAAUUAAGAAAAAGUUAGCAAGCCAAGAUUACAUUCCCUGUAGCAUUAUUUUAAAUUAUAAUGAGCAAUCACAUAAAACUCUCUGGUAUUUCUCUAAAGCAAUUAUUACUUAUUCUACUUCCUAGUGUUAAUCUAAAUCAGUGAUCAUUGAUGUUUGAACUUUUUAGCUUUAAAUGUUUAUUCUGUUUAUAAUACCUUCUUGAGUAAGACAAAUUUAAUUCAUGAAAAGCUCUGCUACAUAAUUUUAAAUAGAAGAUAAUUUGGCAAUACUUAUGUUUAAAAAAAAUUUGUUAGGUAGAGGAAUGCUGUAUGUUAUAAAGAACUGUUGUCCUGAAUCUGUUUAAUAUUAUCUUUUGAUUUUAAAAUGGUCCAUAUGUGGAUUUAUGAGGAAGCAUAUUAUCUUAAGAUUCUAGGUAAGAGAAAUGUUUUGUAUAUCUAUUUAAUUUUAUUUACAAAGUGAAUUCAAUAAAUCAAUUUUUAA